GCUUUUAACACACUUUCCUAUGGAUAUGAACCUUAAACUUCUUUCUUUCCUAAUGUUCUUUAUUUCAUUUUGGUUGGUCAAAUCAAAUCAAACAUUUCCCACUUUGUUGCUUUUACCCGUUCCCAAUUCACUAUACUGUCUUACUUCCCCUGUUUCUCUGUUUUCUCUGUUUUUUCCGCCAAACAAAAAAGAACCGAUAAUUCCUAUGCUAAAUACACUCAUUUCCUUCUUGUAUCCAUAACUUUUUUCCACUUUCUUUCAAUUUCAAAACAAAAGAACUAUCUUUUACAUUUUCUCUAAAUGGGUUAUUCUCAAAUUUUGAUUUUGAUCACAUCUUCCUUACUUGUUGGAGUUGCUGUAACCUGCUCAAAUGGAGAUUGCAGGCUAUUAGAUGAAUGCUCUUCAGACCAAGAUUGUGAAGGUGGACUUUAUUGUUUUUCUUGUCCACAAGGAUUUUCUGGUUCGAGAUGUGUAAGAUCAACCAUCACCGACCAAUUCAAGCUUCUGAAUAAUUCUCUCCCUUUCAACAAGUAUGCAUUUUUGACAACACACAAUGCUUAUGCAAUUGACGGAUAUCCAUCUCACACUGGAGUUCCUAGAUUCACAUUUACCAAUCAAGAAGACAGUGUCGCUCAACAGCUAAAUAAUGGAGCUCGAGCAUUGAUGCUCGAUACGUAUGAUUUUCGUGGAGAUGUAUGGUUAUGCCAUUCAUUUAAAGGACAAUGUCAUGACUAUACUGCAUUUGGUCCUGCUAUUGACACACUGAAGGAAAUUGAAGCUUUCCUAUCAGCAAACCCAUCAGAAAUUGUGACAAUAAUAUUAGAAGAUUAUGUUCAAGCACCUAAUGGAUUGACCAAAGUGUUCACUGAUGCUGGGUUGAUGAAAUACUGGUUUCCUGUUACAAAAAUGCCCAAAAAUGGACAAGAUUGGCCUCUGAUUAGUGACAUGGUCAAAAACAACCAAAGGCUUCUCGUUUUCGGUUCUAUUAAAUCCAAGGAAGAAACUGAAGGAAUUGCUUACCAAUGGAAUUACAUGGUUGAAAAUCACUGUAAGUUAUUCCCAUUUUCAUUGUUAACAUUUCUUCACUGCAAGUUACGGAAAAUAUUGUCAUUUUGCUUUGCAGAUGGGGAAGAUGGAAUGAAAGCAGGAAGUUGUUCUAACAGAGGAGAAUCAUCUCCUCUUGAUGACAGGAGUAAAUCCUUGGUGCUAGUAAAUUAUUUUGGGUCUAUUCCUUUGAAGGAUCUCAGUUGUGCAGAUAAUUCAGGAGAUCUCAUAAAUAUGCUUCAUACUUGUUAUGGUGCUUCUGCAAAUAGAUGGGCUAAUUUUGUUGCCGUUGAUUAUUACAAGAGGAGUGAAGGAGGAGGAUCAUUCCAAGCAGUGGACACAUUGAAUGGGAAACUAUUGUGCGGUUGUGAUGACAUCCAUGCAUGUGUGCCUGGAUCAACUUCAAGAGCUUGCACCUCAUAACAAGAGCGAAGCAAAGAAUAUAUAUUAUGCGGAUAAAGUUUAAAUAAUUAAGGAAAGAGCUAAAUUCUAACAGGUCGUUGGAACCUUUGAACCUGUACUUUUUUUUUUUUUUUUUUUU